UGGGGGGCGGGGUUCCAGCUGGCCCUGGCGGCGGGGCGCGCGGCGGCUGCGGCUCCGUGGCCUCAGCUGAGGGAUGGCCGCGUUGGCGGGGUCGGCUCGGGCCGCGCCCGAUCCAGGUCAAGUACAAAAAGCAAAGGUUGGACAGACCUCAGGACCCAGGCAGGGAGGCUGGAUGGGCAAACUGCUGGGUUUUGACGGGACUGACUUGUCCAGCUGGGAGAGGCUGGUGAGCCUGCUGAAUCGACCCACGGAUCCUGCAGGCCUGGCUGUCUUCCGUUUUCUCUUUGGGCUGCUAAUGGUGCUGGACAUCCCCCAGGAGAGGGGCCUCAGCUCCCUGGAUCGAAGAUACUUGGAUGGACUGGACGUGUGCCGCUUUCCCUUGCUGGACGGCCUGCAACCACUGCCACUUGACUGGAUGUACCUUGUCUAUACCAUCAUGUUCCUGGGGGCACUGGGCAUAAUGCUGGGCCUUUGCUACCGGCUAAGCUGUGUGUUAUUCCUGCUCCCGUACUGGUAUGUGUUCCUCCUGGACAAGACGUCGUGGAACAACCACUCCUACCUGUAUGGUUUGUUGGCCUUUCAGCUGACCUUUGUGGAUGCAAACCGCUACUGGUCUGUGGAUGGCCUCCUGCAUCCCCGCAAGCGGAACACCCAUGUGCCUCUCUGGAACUAUGCCGUGCUGCGUGGCCAGAUCUUCAUCGUGUACUUCAUUGCCGGUGUGAAAAAGCUGGAUGCAGACUGGGUUGGAGGCUAUUCCAUGGAGUAUUUGUCUCGGCACUGGCUCUUCAGUCCCUUCAAACUGGUGCUGUCUGAGGAGAUGACUAGUCUCCUAGUGGUACACUGGUGCGGACUGAUGCUGGACCUCUCGGCUGGUUUCCUGCUAUUCUUCGAUGCCUCAAGACCCAUUGGCCUCUUCUUCGUGUCCUACUUCCAUUGCAUGAAUUCUCAGCUGUUCAGCAUCGGUAUGUUCUCCUACGUCAUGCUGGCCAGCAGCCCUCUUUUCUGCUCUCCUGAGUGGCCUCGGAAGCUGGUAUCCUGUUGGCCCCAAAUGCUGCAAGAACUGGGGCCCCUGCAGGCUGCCCCUCAACCCAGUGCUUCUUGCGUAUAUAAGAGGAGGCGGGCCAGAGGCAGCCAGAAACCAGGCCUGCGCCACCAGCUGGGCACGGCCUUCACCCUCCUCUACCUCCUGGAGCAGCUCUUCCUGCCCUACUCCCACUUCCUCACCCAGGGCUAUAACAACUGGACCAACGGGCUGUACGGCUACUCCUGGGACAUGAUGGUGCAUUCCCGCUCCCACCAGCAUGUGAAGAUAACCUACCGUGACGGCCGCACGGGCGAGCUGGGCUACCUUAACCCGGGGGUAUUCACACAGAGCCGGCGAUGGAAGGAUCACGCAGACAUGCUGAAGCAAUAUGCCACUUGCCUGAGCCAUCUGCUUCCCAAGUACAAUGUCACUGAGCCCCAGAUCUACUUUGAUAUUUGGGUCUCCAUCAAUGACCGCUUCCAGCAGAGGAUAUUUGACCCUCGUGUGGACAUCGUGCAGGCCGCUUGGUCCCCCUUCCGGCCAACCCCUUGGCUGCAGCCACUGUUGAUGGACUUGUCUCCCUGGAGGACCAAGUUACAGGAAAUCAAGAACAGCCUGGACAACUACACUGAAGUGGUGUUCAUUGCAGAUUUCCCAGGGCUGCACCUGGAGAAUUUCGUGAGUGAGGACCUGGGCAACACUAGCAUCCAGCUGCUCCAGGGGGAGGUGACUGUGGAACUAUUGGCAGAACAGAAGAAUCAGACUCUUAAGGAGGGAGACAAAAUGCAGUUGCCUUCUGGUGAGUACCAUAAGGUGUAUACGACAUCACCCACUCCUUCCUGCUACAUGUACAUCUAUGUCAACACUACAGAGGUCGCCCUGGAGAAGGACUUGGCAUACCUACAAGAAUUGAAGGAGAAGGUUGAGAAUGGAAGUGAAACGGGGCCUCUACCUCCAGAGCUGCAGCCCCUGCUGGAAGGGGAAGUCAGAGGGGGCCCAGAGCCAACUCCUUUGGUUCAGACCUUUCUUAGACGACAGCGAAGACUCCAGGAGCUUGAACGGCGGCGGAAUACCCCCUUUCACGAGCGGCUUUUCCGCUUCUUCCUGCGAAAGCUUUAUGUCUUCCGUCGCAGCUUCCUGAUGACUUGUAUUUCACUUCGGAAUCUGGCAUUAGGCCGUCCAUCCCUGCAGCAGCUGGCCCAAGAGGUGACAUACGCAAACUUGAAGCCUUUUGAGCCAGCUGGAGAGCCAAGCCCUCCAAACACAGAUUCUUCAGAUUCUAAUCCUACUGAGCCAGAUUCUGAACACGUUCACUCAGAGUUCUGAGGGGCCAACAUUGGCCACAGACGCAGAAGCAGUCACAAGAACAUUUUACAUGUACAGUAGAAAUUUGGAAAAAUAAUUUCAGGUAUUUUUUUUUUAAUUUCCUUUCUUGUCCAUAUCUAUUUUUUUUUUGUCCAUAUCUAUUUUUAAUUAGCUUGGAGGAGCCAAGAAAUGAAACACAGUUAAGAUUUACCAAUCCAAGGUUGAGGGGCCAGGAGGGGGUUGAAAACAAUUUGAAAAUAUCCUUCUAAGUUAAUGGGGUGAAAGAUAGGUUUUUAAGAGAUUGACUUGCUCGUAAGCAAGAUUCAGUGUACCAUAAAAACCAUAGCUUUAGGGCUUUUACCUUGCACGCAGUUGACACAAGAUCCCUGGUAUCCCAUAUGGUCUCCUAUGCACUGUCAAGAGUAAUCCCUGAGCACUGCUGGGUGUGACCCAAGCUGUUAUCAAGUGAUUGCUGUGUGCUUAAAGCAUUAUGUAAAAGCAUUAUUGCCUGCAUUAUUGCAGUCCUGAAUACAGUCUGUACAGCUCCAUUUUCCAAUUGGAAAAAACUUGAGGUAGAGAGGUAAUAUUUGCUCAGAAACACACUGUGUAAAGAAUGGACCAAUAAUAUGAAGCUCAAGUCUGUUUGACUUAAGGUUCUACACCCUUGUUAAUUUUCAGAAUUACUGAGAGUUUUUAAAUGAGGCUUAGGGCCAGAUUGCUAGUACAGGGGUUAUGGCACUUCCAGAGGUCCCUUAAGCACACUGGGUUGGCUCCCAAAUCCACAAAAUAAAAAAUGUGGCACAAAACUUGUCUUAAUUAUAAAUCUUGGCUGAUGAGUAGAUUCUAAAUUCAGUUACUUUCUCUCCACUGCAGUUCUUUGUUGCUGUUAUCUAUACAGCUAAUUUUUUUUUUUUUUUUUGCUAGCAGUUGAAUAGUUAGGAUAGUAAGUCUACUAACACAGGAAAUUUAGAGGAUUUCUCUAAGAGUAAACAAUAUUUAGCACUAUUCUAGCUGUAAGCAGGUAAUGUAAGAGAGUCAGAGAAAGGAUUAGGAGUGUUUACAGUCACUUUGUAAGUUUGAAUGUGCAAGGGAGGUUCAGGAAACUAUUCCGUGAAAAUCCAGUGGCCUGGUACUGGGCUAAGAAUACAGUGUAGGGGCUGGAGAGAUUUCACAGUUAGCUAAGGCACUUGCCUUGCACAUGGCCGAUCUGGGCUCAAUUCCUGGUGCCCCAUAUGGCCCUCCAAGCCCUGUCAGGAGUAACCCCUAAGCAUUGUCAGGUAUGGCCCCAGAACUAAAAACAAUUUAAAAGAUACAGCUGUAGGCUCUUGUUUUGCAUGUGGCGACCUGGGUUUGAUUUCUUCCGCUGGAGUGAUAGCACAGCAAGUAGGGUGUUUGCCUUGCUCAUGGCCGACCUGGGUUCAAUUCCUCCAUCCCUCUCGGAGAACCUGGCAAGCUACCGAGUAUCCCACCUGCACAGCAGUGCCUGGCAAGCUACCCGUGAUGUAUUCAAUAUUCCAAAAACAGUAACAAGUCUCACAAUGGAGACGUUACUGGUGCCCGAUGAACAGGACUAUAGUGCUACCCCAUAUUCCUAAACUCUGCCAUAUAUCCUGAGCACUGCUGGGUGUGGCCCAAAAGCCAAAAUAAAAGAACCGAUACCAUUUUGUUUCAAAGCCUCCUUAUGAUUCAUGGCCUUACAGCAGACUAGUAGUAAAUUGUUAAGUCUCAGUAAACUUAAUGAAAGGCUUCCCAUGCCCCACUCUACCAUACCCCCAAGAAAUUUUCUUAGGGUUCUUUCCUAGAACCCACCUUUUUCACUGCACACACAUGGGUUGUCCGCACACAAUUACCAGUGAUGCUGUUUGUCUUGAUACCUAUAUAGUGAAAUUAACUCCACCUGAAUGUCAGGCAAAGUUUUAACAGAACUUGUCAUCUGUCUCUCAACUCAGAUCUGCUUCUGCUAAGUGAAUGGCAACUAUUAUCAGUAUUGGUUAUUUUAUACUUUCUUUUGGGUAACUAUUGGUUCAGUACUUGAAGUGGCUCCUGGGAGUGCUUAGGAACUAUGUAACAUAUAGGAUCAAACCCUGUCCUUUGAACAACUUUCCUGACCCACCUUAAUCAUUUUUGAGGCUGGGCUGGGGGUACUAUUAGAUCUUGGAUAUCUCUUAAAAGAGAAUGAUUUUUUUUGUGGUUGCUUAUAUUAUUUUGGUUUUUGGGUCACAUCUGAAGAUGCUCAGAGGUAAAAAUCCUAGCUCUGUACUCAGGAAUUACUCCAAGUGGUGCUCGGGGGACCAUAUUGGGUGCUGGGUAUCGAACGCAGGUCAGCAUGUGCAGGGCAAGUGCCCUACCCAGAGUACUAUCUUUCCAGCCCCUUUGUUAUAUUUUAAAAAAAGAAUGUGAUUUGAAAGUAGGGGAGAGUACAAUUGUGUAGGGCAUUUCCUUCUCACACGGCCAACUCAGAUUCAAUUUCUGGCUCCCUUCUGAAUCUCCAGCCACACCAGAAGCGAUCCCUGAGUGGAGCCAGGAGUAAGCCCUGAACACCAGGUGUGGCACAGAAAUCAAAACCGAACCACAAAACCCAAAAAUUUCCUGUGAUUUAAAGUUACUGAUAUGAGAUUUAGACAUAUAAAGGCUGCAGCAAUAGCACAGCAGGUAGGGUGUUUGCCUUGCAUGUGACUGAGCCAGGUUCAAUUCCUCCGCCCCGCUCUUGACAGCCCAGCAAGCUACCAAGAGCAUCUCAACCACACCCCAGAGCCUGGCAGACUACCUGUGAUGUAUUCAAUAUGCCAAAAACAGUAACAGCAAGUCUCACAAUGGAGACGUUACUGGUACCCGCUCGAGCAAAUCGAUGAGCAAAGGGCUGACAGUGAUAGUCAUCCAGCAACAUUCAGGGUUUACUCUGCAUUCAGCAAUCACUCCUGGUAGGGCUCAAGGGACCACAUGUAUUAGGAAUAGAAAUGAAGGUUAGGUGCAUUCAAAGCCUCAAAUCUGCAGCACUGUUCUUUAGGACCCACAUUUUUAUUUCAAGUCCCAUUGAGCAUACUUUGUUUUGGACCAUACUUGGUUGUGCUCAGGGUUUACUGAUGGGGUUCAUACAGAGUGCCAAAGAUUAAGCCCAGGAUGGCUCUAGUUAACUAUUCCUUCUAGCCCCAGCCCCAAUUUUAUUUUCUAUUAUUAAACUCACCUCCAUCCUUUCAGCCUUUGUAUUAGGUAUAGAGCAGAACAGGGCCACCAUAUAGUCCUACAAAUCAAGACCUAAAUAAGGCCCCCUCACUGAGGUCAAAUGUACCUGACAAUUUCAAGUUCACGAAACAUUGCAUGGGGCGGUGAUAACAUAGAUGCCAUUAAGAUUUUUCCUCUUCCCCUAAAUUCCCUCUCCUGACCUCUCAUGGGGAAAGAGGGCCCGCAGGGUCAGAGAUAGUACAGGGGUUAAGGCAUGUACAUUGCGUACAGCUGACCCACCUAACUCCCAGGCACCACACACCCCUCCAUCCCCCAGCACUGUCAGGACUGACCCUGAAGGCAGCUAGGUGUGGCCUUUAAGAGAACUGUCCAUGUGAUUCAAAUUGCAAGUUAGGUCGUUGCAACAGCGUUGUCAUAUGGCACAAAAUGCUCAACCUUCUUUUACCUGUUCUGCAUAGUGCCAGUGGCUGAAGACAUUUGAGGACAAACUGCCAAAUCAAGCUUUGGAAAAGGUGUAAGCAUUUUCAUUAAAAUUGUUUAUAUUCUGCUUUA